AUGUUUGUUAUGAAAUCAAUUGUAAUUGUUCUUACAUUGUUGACCUUCGCUUUGGCAGAUGUUUCUCAUUUGGGUUAUAACUACGAGCCACCAGCACCUAAAGAUGCGGGCUAUCAUUACGAUCCACCAGCACCUAAAAAUACUUAUAUACCACCUCCAGAGCCAAAGAAAACGUACAUACCUCCAGAACCAAAAAAUACUUACAUUCCACCGGCACCAAAACCAGCACCACCACCAGAGCCAAUAAAAACUUAUAUUCCUCCUGCACCUAAGGACGACGGCUAUCAUUAUGAACCACCAGCACCCAAAAACACUUAUAUACCACCAGCACCUAAAGACGAAGGAUAUCACUAUGAUCCACCAGCACCAAAAAAUACUUACAUACCACCUACAGAACCUAAGAAAACUUACAUACCACCAGAACCAAAGAACACAUACAUUCCCCCAGCACCAAAACCUGCACCACUACCGGAACCAGUGAAAACUUAUAUACCACCAGCACCUAAAGACGAAGGUUAUCACUAUGAUCCACCAGCACCUAAAAAUACUUACAUACCACCACCAAAACCUUUACCUAUACCAGAGCCUAAAAAUACAUACAUACCACCAGCACCCAAACCAGCACCAGCACCAGCAAAAACUUACAUACCUCCUGCACCAAAGGAUGAUGGUUACCAUUAUGAUCCUCCAGCACCAAAAAAUACAUACAUACCACCAGCACCAAAGAAUACCUAUAUACCUCCACCACCACCACCAGCACCCAAAAAUACUUACAUUCCUCCAGCACCAAAAGAAGAAUAUGAAGAUGUCGAACUACUCACCCCACAGGGUUAUAAGACUAAAUUCUUCAUCGUUGCCUUAGCCUUAGUGGCGUGCGUAUGCGCUGAUGUAUCAGAGUUAGGAGGUGGAUAUAACUAUCAUCAACCAGCUGCUGCAGCACCUGCACCAGUAUACGCUGCACCAGCACCAGUAUACUCUGCUCCAGCUCCAGUAUACUCUGCUCCUGCUCCAGCUGCCGCCGCUCCAGCACCAGUCUAUGCUGCUCCAGCUCCAGUAUACUCUGCUCCAGCUCCAGUUUACUCUGCACCCGCACCAGCUGCCGCUGCCCCAGAGCCAGUAUAUGCUGCUCCAGCUCCUUCUUACUCUGCCCCAGCACAAUCUUACUCUGCCCCAGCUCAAUCUUACUCUGCUCCAGCACAAUCUUACUCAGCUGCCGCUGCUGCUCCAGUAGCUAGCUAUGCUUCAGCAGGUUCUGAUGAUGGAUACUCAUACAAUGCACCAGCUGCCGCUGCACCAGCUCCAGUAUACUCAGCUCCCGCACCAGCACCAAUUUACUCUGCACCACAACCAGCUGCUGCCGCACCUGCUCCAGUCUACUCUGCUCCAGCACCAGCUCAAUUAUACGCUGCUCCUGCACCAGCUGCCGCUGCUCCAGCACCAGUAUACUCAGCUCCCGCUCCAGCACCAGUUUACUCUGCACCACAACCAGCUGCUGCCGCACCUGCUCCAGUCUACUCUGCUCCAGCACCAGCUCAAUUAUACGCCGCUCCAGCAGCAGCUGCCGCUGCCCCAGCUCCAGUCUACUCUGCCCCAUCUCAAAGCCAGGAUUUGCAUAGCGAUGGUUACAGAUACAAGACUGUCCGUAGAUUGAAAUUCAGACACCGUGCUUAA